UUUAGACAGACGGCGCCACCAUGUGGACCCUGACCAGCAGAAGUCGUGUUUGGGUUCACUUAACGAUAUUGGCUCGAUCUGUCCCUCCCCUCGCGCUGAGGCAGCAGGCUGCUGAAGCUGACCCUCAGGGGUCAGCCGUGGUGGUCAUGGAGAGCCCCUCCUCGCUGGAGGUCGCUAUUAGUGCUGGAGCUCCAGCAGUUCUGAGCACUUCAGCAGCGGGAGCCUGACUGCAAGGGUUCAGUGGAGGACAACUCAGUCUUUUUCCUACAGAUGUUGCCUUCAAACCUGUUCCCAGAAAUGGGCUUGGGGAUGUCUGGUGUCACUGUUUUCCUCUGCUUCUUCACACUAUUCCUGCUGAUUGUCCGAGUCCAUAAGCAGAAAACCCUGCAACGGAAUUGGCCUCCAGGUCCCAGGCCAUGGCCUGUGGUGGGCAAUCUCUUCCAGAUGGGGGAACAGCUGCACCUCUCCCUCACCAGCCUGAGGACCCGCUAUGGGGACGUUUUCCAGAUGAAGAUGGGCUCCCUGGCAGUUGUGGUGCUGAGUGGCCACUCCACCAUCCGGCAGGCCCUGGUGCGGCAGGGUGAGGCCUUUGCAGGCCGCCCAGACCUCUUCACUUUCUCAGCGGUGGCCAAUGGCACCAGUAUGACUUUCAGCGAGAAGUACGGCGAAGCCUGGAUGCUCCACAAGAAAAUCUGCAAAAAUGCCUUGAGGACGUUCUCGCAAACCAAGGCCCAGAACUCUGGCGCCUCCUGCCUGCUGGAGGAGCGCAUCUCUGCUGAGGCAGUGGAGAUAGUGGAGGCCCUGCGGGAGCAGGGGGAGAAGGCAGGAGAAGCAGGACUAAACCCAGCCGCACUGCUGGUCACUUCUGUGGCUAAUGUGGCCUGCGCUCUCUGCUUCGGGAAACGUUACAGCCAUGAUGACGAGAAGUUUCUGACCAUAGUCGACGUUAAUAAGGAGGUGCUGCGGCUCUUUGCGGCAGGGAACCUGGCUGACUUCUUCCCCAUCUUCCGCUACCUGCCCAGCCCGUCUCUGCGCAAGCUGGUGCGGUACAUCCGUAGGAUGAACGGCUUCAUGGAGGACAACAUCAAGGAACACCUCCUUACUUUUGAUAAGAACUGUAUCCGUGACAUUACUGAUGCCCUGAUAGCGAUGUGUGAGGAUCGGCAGGAGGACAAAGAGAGCGCUGUUCUCACCGACUCACAGAUCAUUCACACCGUCAUCGACAUCUUUGGUGCAGGGUUCGACACAAUCAUUGCCGGCCUGCAGUGGAGCCUGCUGUAUCUUAUCAAGUUCCCGCACAUCCAGACCAGAAUCUACCAGGAGAUCGAUGAUCAGGUUGGGUUGAAUAGUCUUCCACGAUUCGAGGACAAGCCAAAAAUGCCAUACAUAGAAGCCUUCUUAUAUGAAGUUUUUCGCCAUGCAUCAUAUGUGCCCUUCACCAUUCCUCACUGCACUACUGAAAAUAUCACACUGAAUGGAUACUUCAUCCCCAAAGACACAUGUGUGUUCAUCAACCAGUAUCAAGUGAAUCAUGACACGGAGAUCUGGGGUGACCCUGAAUCAUUCCGUCCGGAGCGCUUUCUCAACCAGGCCAAUCAUCUUAAUAAAGACCUGGCCGAAAAGGUGAUGAUCUUUGGGAUGGGGAAGCGUCGUUGUCUUGGAGACAGCUUUGCUCGUCUGGAGAUGUUUGUGUUCCUGACGACCAUCCUCCAGCGUCUGCGCAUCGAAAACCUUCCAGGUCAAGAGCUCGACCUCAGCUCUUGUUUCGGUCUGACCAUGAAGCCCAGACCUUACCGGAUUAUGAUUUCCUCUCAGAUGUAGAUGUUCAGUGUUCCUCUCUUAUUAUCUGGUUACAGCACUGACUCAUACCAGCACCACGUCUGGUUCAUCAUAACCAGUCACACUGCUAAACACAGCUUUUAACGUUUUCUACCUCUGAGACACAAGAAUCAAGAGAUUAUUGGUUUUUAUGACUUUAAUAUGUUCUUGUAACCAACUAAGGCUUGCAUGACUUUUUUGGAAUAGAUGUAUUCAUAAGUCAUGCUGAAACAUAUUCGUGUGUAAGCUUAAAUGAGAUUAAGACUCUCUUAGUACUCAGUGUUAAGAGAUUUGUAUGCUAACAGAGCUUUCAGUUUGUGAUGAGUUUUCAAUCUCAGUUGAAAAUCUAAGAACAAUGAACAUUAAGUUUUCUUAUGAUUUCAUUCCUAUUAAUUAACUCACCACUGCUAAUUAGAACUAUGGCAAAGGAUGCUUGAUGGUAAGAUGUAAAGACAGUUGUUUAAGAAAAUAAUCAUAUUUAGAUUUGUGUGAUAUUUGAUGAUGUACAAUGGAUGCAAAUCUGUUAGAGACCCCUCAUCUAUGUUUUUAUCUUCCAGCGUCCAUUACGUACAAGUUUUUCAUUUUUAGGGAGAUAUUACUGAGGAGAUAAGGAAGCGAAGAGUCAAAGGAAAUUGGGAAAAAAACAGCAACAAGAGUUGCCAAAACUGUGCAAGACCUGGUAGACCACCAAAAGGACACUUAAAGCUUCCUUCUUUGAGAGAGAGGAGAAAAUCAAGCUAUGAGUCUGAAAGGACAUGUAGCUGUCAAGAAACUGUUAGUAGGAAAUACAAAAAAGGGUCAUGUUUAAUUUUGAUGGUCCCUUUUAGAGGAUCUGUGAUUGGAAGGUCGCCGGUUUGAUCCCCUGAGUCGGCAGCACGUGACUGAAGUGCCCUUGAGCAAGACACCUAACCCCCAACUGCUCCCCAGGUGCUGUGGAUAGGGCUGCCCACCGCUCUUGGCAAGUGUGCUCACUGCCCCCUAGUGCAUGUUCACUAGUGUGUAUGGGGUGGUUUACUGCACAGAUGGGUCAAAUGCAGAGGUGAAUUUUCCCCGUUGUGGGACUAAUAAGCGACUCUUAAUUUUAAUUAACCAACCUAAUGGUUAUAGUUGAUUGACAGCAACAUUACGGUCAGGGUUAGGAUUAGGGUUAAGUUUAGAUUUAAUAGAAUUUUUCUAACUCAAUGUUCAGUUGCAUUUAACAGAUAUUUAGUUAUCUACGGGUGCUUUAGUAAGCUACUGGUGAUUCAAUGAUGUUAUGUGAAUGUGUUUGGGGUUACUUGGAUGGUGAGAUGCAGAAGUUCUUCUAAGACUGAACUUGAGUUGUUGAGGCUUCUGUUUAAUUUUCUGUUAAAUAUGUUUUUUUUUUUUUUUUACUGGAAAUUAAAUA